AUGGCUGCAGGCUCCGCUGCGCCAGUGGCUUCCGCCGCGGCCCCGCCAAAACCAAGCACGUCACAGUCUUCGCACGACAAGAGAGACGCAGCUGACAAAGAGGUGCGAGAGAUCCUGGAGACGCCAAGCCGAGUGUCUGAUCAGGAGAAGAAGCCUCUGAUGUACGCAGCUGCAAGCUCAACCCCGAUCCUGCGAGACUGCAACUUUGGUGGUGUGAUCUGUGAGCUGUUGGUGGUGGAGGCCGUGCGGGAGUAUUUGCAGUUCCAUGGCCUCCAGGAAACCUUGGAUGCUAUGGAUCGAGCUCUGGGCAAGACGCGGCUCCCUGCGUUGUUUCAGGUGGCUGAAGCAGCUGGUGCAGGAGUGGACGACACAUCGGAGCGCCUGGUGGAUGGUCACACCGAGCUGGCGGUGAUCAAGGCUCUCUGUGAGUUUGACGAUGGGAAGAAGGAUGCUUUCUUUGACCUCUGGAAGCACCUGGUGCCCUCUCCAAGUGCGAGCCCACUCGGGUGUUCCUUGGAGCUUCGGCUGCACGUCUACUUUGGCACCUACCUGACGCGUAAGGCGCUCGAGGAUGCUUCUGGGAAUGAGUCCGGGGCCGGCGGAGUGCCCGUGUCCGAUCCUGACUUCACGGAUCUCAAGGCAUUUCUCGCUACCAGACCUUCAGCAGGCGCAGAUGCGACUCAGCAAAGCUUGUCUCCUCUCUAUGCGCUUCCCUUCGUCCCGCGGCCCCAGCAAAAUGCUGCGCUGCGAUUUAUUUUCGAGGAGCCAUGGUCGCAAAAAUUGCGAACAGAUCUCCAGGCGUUCUUAAUGGCACAUGCCAGCACUCGACAUGCACCUUUCUUGAGACACUUGGCCGGUGCUCUUAUCAUGUCCUCGUGCCCAGCGGCCUCCCCGCCACAUGCCAGUUGGCAUGAAAUGCUCCGAAUAGCGGAUCUGGGCUUGUCGGCUGCCAGCCAAGCCAUGGCGCGGAAUCAGAUGUUUGGGAAGCCGCAGUCUCAGUCAGGCCAACAACCUGCUUCGCUGCAGUCGGCUGGGGGUUCGCAACCGCAGGAUCCCCAGCAGAUGGUGGCCUUGCUCAGUGUUGCUGGCAAGGUCCAGCCCGAAUUGCUGAAGCAGGCGCUCGAAGCCCGACGCAGACUCGGCAAGGUGGUUUGCCGGCCCGAGGAUGCUCCAGCGCCUGCGCCGCAGGAGAUCCCUGGGUCCAUGCGGCCUUCCAUCCAGAGCCUGAUCCGUGCUCAAAGUUGUGACCUGGAUGUCCCGCAGGGCGUCUCCAGCCCGAGUCAGGGCGUCCCUGUCUAUCAGGAUCACUUGUGGCCCAUGUCGCGAGAAGCCUUGCGGGGAAGCUCUGCCUCCAGCCUCAAUGCUUCGCACUCCAACCCCAACGCCAGGCGGCUUCAUUCUGCGAGGAGCAUUGAGUCGCGGGCUCGCACAGCCACGGCGCUGCUUCCCGUGCCUCCAGCACUGGACUUUGGCCGAAUAUCCGCGCUCAUCAACCGGGAAGUGAGCGAGGAGCAGGUCGAAACACCGCCCCUCCUGGCGGUGCUGCGGGCGGUCCUGAGGCGCUUAGCACUGGCCGACGAGCCGAUCCGGCCCCGGCGUGCCUUCCUCGCGGCCUUCGCGUGCUUCGGCGCCCUCCGGGCGCUGGCCCUGAGGCUCCGAGAGAUGGUACACGGUGGAGAUGCGCCGCUUCUGGAGAUGUCCCUGGCUGUCAUGGGCGUUUGUGCCUGUGAGGUGGUCGGACGACGGGAGAUCGAGGCGGCAGAGGCCCAGGGCAGCGGAUGCCUCUCAACAUUGAUCUCGGUUGUCAGCUUGCCAGAUCGAACGUUGGCGCAUAUGCAUUGCCUCGCUGUUCUACAGCGACUUUCCCUGCGAGGGCAUCUGCAGUCCAAGAUGAUUCAGCUUGGUGCUUUGGAUGUCGUCCUCAAGCUGCUUGAGUCAGUGCGAAGGGUGGAAGGAGAUGCAGACAGCAAUAGCAGCGGUCAAGGAUGGUGUCGACUGGGUCCUGGAGAGGGCCCAGAAACGCCGGACUUUUCUAUCGAGUUCACCUCAGCGCUCCUCAUGAACCUCACGCUCCGUUCGGCCGGGCGGCGACGGUGUGCAGAUCUGGGAGCAUAUGGCAUUCUCGUAGGCUUGAUCGAGCAUCCGAACCCGCAGGUUCGAACACACAUCAAUGGGACGCUCUACACGCUGCUUGGAGUGAGUGCGAUCCGGGCAGAAGCGCAGCAGAAGGGCGCUGAGGCGGUCUUUCGCUCCGCGCUGAAGCGAGUCGGACCUGACAAUGACCUCCUCCAGAGGCAGCUGGAGUUCUUACUGCAUCAGCUCAGCCGAGCUGCCAGCGAGAAUGAAAGCGACGGGGAGGACUCGGAAGAGGACACAGCGGACCCGAAGCUGGAGGGCGACGCCGACGACGGCGACAACUUCUUGGAUGAGGAGGAGCUUGCUGCUCACUUUCAUCUCACAUCCACUGCCCUUGUGCAAGGUGAUGGAAUCCCGCAGGCAGAGGUAGACGCCAUUGCAGAGAUGGCCUCUACUGAGGCAGCCGCAGCAGAGGAGGCCCUGCGCUGCUUCCGCGCCAGCGCUGCAGUGGCCGAUGCGCAGCACCAGAAGUUCCACGCCUACAUCGCCCGCAGUUAUCGGAUGAUGUCGCCAAAGCGGCGUGGCCACUCCUCGGACCGCUUGAUGUCUCCGCUGUCGCCGCCCAUGCUGUCGCCAACUCCUUCGCCCGAACCAGGUGCUCUGUCUGCCAACGAGUCGCCUGUGAAGAUGCCUAUGCGGACGCCGGCCGAGGAGGCAAACGCGCUGCUGGAAGCUUCGACCAGUGAAAAGUCACCAGAUGCUCUGGGGUCUCUCUCCCCUAGCACUGGCGAUGAGAAGCCGCAAUCGGCGUCGCCUGCACCUACAACGGAAGGGCAGGCACCUCGGAGCGGCCCGACAAAACCGGCAAAAAACACAGAAGGAGCGCUCAUGAAGGCUGCGGAGCAAGCCCAAGGCCCUCGACGGAAGCCGCGAGAGCAAGCCGUGAGCCAAGAGCGUCCGACAUCCAGGUCGGAGAAUUCCGAGGCUGGUCCAGGCGGCCGUGGCGCGCGAUCGGGACCUGCACAAGGCCGCGGCCGUGGUCGAGGAAGUCAGGGUGCACCUGGCUCCGUGACAAAGUCGGCGUCGCUCCCACCCGUGCCGGAGAGCAAGGCUACUCCCGGUGGACGUGUUGCACCGUCUGCCAACCGGCCCAGUCCCAUUAGGUCGCGCUCGGAAGCUCCCCGGCGAAGCCAACAGGCUCAAGCAGCAGCUGCGAUUGAAGCGGCAGCAGCUAUUGGCGAGGAGCGCGGCUUUCGCAGGCCGAAGAAUGGAACCAGCUUGGAGAGGCAAUCAAAUAACGCGAGGCCAAGGGAAUCUGCAAGCCCUCAGUUGCCACGCUUGCCGACGAAGAGGCGCUGA